GGCUCGGAUUGGCUGUACCCAAGUUACAAAUAUUGACAGCUGUACGCACCUAUGAUGCAAACGUCAAAAUAUCAUAACAAAAAUAAUAUCCAUUUGAUCUUUUAAAUAAAUUAGGCUGUAUAUCUUUUCCUGCGAUCACAAAGAUUUUCACUUUAAAUAAAAUGAAACCGAAAAAGAAAGGAAAACGUAGUUGGAAAAAUGAUAAAACAUCUUCAGAGAGUUCGAGUAGUGAUAGUGAUACAAAUUUAGAAAAACCGACUGAACAUGAUUUAACAGACUACGCGGGCAAUAGUAUUAAGCUAAUGACUGAAAUAUUUAAAGUAUUAGGCGAUAAAAAAUUAAAAACUAUGGUGCCCAACAUAUUAAAACCAAUUGAUAUGAAUGAUUUAAAAGCGUGUUUAGUCGAAGAAUCAAUGGCAUUAUCAAAGAAACGGCUAAUAUCUAUUUUAAAUGGUGAAACAUACUCCUCCAGUAGCUCAGAUUCUGAGGAUGAAGUUAUUGAAUCGAAAAAACCACCUAAAAAUGAUGAUAUUAUAUCAUUAGACGGUAUUAGUGACGAUAGUGAUAUUUUUUAUUUUGAUGAACUUCCAGAAGCUGAAGUGUUAACAGAAAUCAAAAAAGAAAAUAAUAAAAAAACUGCGAAAAAACAUAAAAAAAGCCAUAAACAGGAUAAAGUUGUAGAAAAGAAAAAGAUACCCGAUAAACCUUUAUCGGUAGCUGAAGAAAAAGCAAUGACUGCAUUAGAAUUACUUGAAUUACAAGCUCGGGCUCGUGCAAUCAAAUCUCAGUUAGCUUUAGAAAGUGUAACGUCUCCAAUUGAUAACGUUGAUGAAGAAAUUAAAACUGAUAACAAUGAUUUAAAAGCAGAAGGUGAAUUAAAAGAAAAAGAACAACCAAAAACCAGAAAAGUAAAAUUACGUCGAGACCAUUUACGUAUUGAUCCAAAUCGAACAAACAAUCAACCAAAUUCAAAACCAAAAUCUCCUUCACCUGUUAAAGAAAAGAAGCCUUCGGAAUCGGAAAUAAAAGACAUAAUUGAAACAACUGAAAUAAAACGCGAACGACGAUCUUCAACAGAUUCGUUAAUUGUUGAAAGUCCAUCGCACCCUCUGAUUGUACUUAGUUCAGACGAUGAAGGAAAAAAUACUGAGAAAACUAGUGAAAGUUUACAUGUUACGGAGCCAACUGACUUUACUGAAGUCGAGAAGAAUUUAGUUAACGACAUACAUACAGAAAAAUCAACUUCUGAAGAAGGUGAAAUAUCGAGUGAAAAUGAAAGUACAGUAAAGGCUUCGAAAAAAGUUGAUAAAAAUCAAACAAAUGAAAAAACGACCGAUAAAUCAAAUAAAAACGAUUCGAAAACGGACGAUCAAGAUUUUAUUAUGAUUGACUGUGAAAAACGAGAUUUAGAAUCAGAUAAGGCUAAUAAAUUAAAUGAAAAUCAAGCAAAUGGGAAAACAGGUGAUAAAUCAAAUAAAAACGAUUCGAAAACUGAGGAUCAAGAUUUUAUUAUUAUUGACUGUGAAGAACGAGAUUUAGAAUCAGAUACUGAAGAAGUUUCGGAAGGUAAAUUAAAAGAUGGACAAAAUGUUGACACUGCAACAUGGAAGAGUCGUUGGUUAGAUAGUAGAAAAGUAAAAACAGUUUUACAAACAAGUAAAUUAUGUAAUAAUAUGAAGCGUAAAAUUUCACUUAAAAAAGAUCAACAAGCAUCGCCAAAGAGUCAAACAGCGGUUGAAGAAUCGGUUGAAAGUGUGGAUAGUACUCCACAAAAAGAAGAAGGAUCAAUUGAUCAAUUUAAUACUUUAUCUAUUUCUAAAAAAAUCGAAGAAGUGAAAGAAAAUGAAAUUAAUCAAAAAGAUAAAACAGAACAGAAAUCAAAAACCGAUUAUUUAGAAAUUGUUUCAGACUCAGAUGAAAAAUAAAAUUGAUAAAUAUUUUUGGUUUAUAUUUUUUUUAAAACUAUAUUUCAA